GAGAACAGCCCCACAUUACCGCCAGCUCUCCCGCUCGCCGAACGCGGCCAUCGUACGACACACGCACACGAACUCCAAACGCAGACACGCGGAUUCGAUCUUUUUCCGUUGUUAUUGGUGCACGUCCUUCUCCUGUUAUACUCAAAUUGCUCUCUUUGUACUUCUUGCGUGUUGUGGCUUUCCGUUUAGCUGCGUGAUUUCAGCAUCAUUGCAUUUUUGUGCUUCCUUUUUCUUUGUGUAGUGUUUUGCAUCAUGAACACCGGUGUCUCCACCGUCACGGCCAACUCUCUCCACUUGUCGGGGUCGUUGAUGGUCGCGGCGGCCGUCGUGUUGUUCCUCGCCGCCCACGUCAACGACAACUACUCAUGGGUGGACCGCUCGUGGUCUAUCCUGCCCGUGGUGUACACGUGGAUUCAGAUCUACUACACCCAUCAUGAACACGGCGGCACACCCACAAACACGUCCUUCUCGGCAGGAGUAUCGCCCAUCAGCGCGGCGGCGCUGUACGGUUUCGUCAUCACGGUAUGGGGCUGCCGGCUGACCUUCAAUUUUUUUCGCCGUGGCGGCUACUCUCGCGGCAGCGAGGACUACCGCUGGAACUACGUGCGGACAUGGCGUGUCUUUGCGCAUCACCCAGCGAUCUGGACGCUCUUCAACUUCGCCGCCAUCUCUCUCUUUCAGACGUGGCUGCUUUGGGCCAUCACGCUGCCGGUGAUGCAGUUUUCUGCUGCCCCGGCUACGGCGAAAGAGGUGGUCUUUGCGGCGGUGAUGUUAGCGCUGAUUGUGCUGGAAGCCGUCUGCGAUGAGCAGCAGUGGCGCUUCCACCAAGCAAAAGGCCGCGCGCUUGGGCAGUCGCCGUACUGUUACGGCUUCUGCGUCACGGGCGUCUUCGGCUACAGUCGUCACUUGAACGUGUUCUGCGAGGGCGGCAUUUGGGUCAUGCUGGCGGUGGCUGCGCAGUGCUGCGGCGCGGGUUCGCUGGCGUCGUGGCAGUGGAUCGGGUGUGUCGUGCUGGAGGCUCUCACGCUGUUUUCUACCGCGGUCAUUACGGAGAAGCUGUCGGCGGAGAAGUACGCCGGCUACGCGAUUUACCAGUCCAUCACGCCGAUGCUCUUGCCCGCUAUCAGUUCCACCACCGAUGAGGUGCUCUUUCAGUUGGAAUCGAAGAGGAUCUGGAAAAGCGAUGAGAAGCGGAGUCCACAGAAGUGA